CUAUCAGCUAUUUUUUACUCCUGCAGGAUUUCCCGCUAGGGAAUCACGUUGACGUCAAGAUGGCGCUCUUCUUCGAGCAAGCUGUCAAAACUGCUCUGCAAAAUUACCCAAAAUCCGUUGCAAAGCCUCUUCACUAUGGGACUGCCGGAAUUCGAGACAAAGGAGAAAUCUUGGGCUCAUGCAUGUUUCGCAUGGGUAUUCUCGCUGCAUUGCGCUCGAAGUACAGAAAAGCUAUGAUUGGUGUCAUGAUCACUGCAUCCCACAAUCCGGAAGAUGACAAUGGCAUCAAGCUUAUUGACCCUAUGGGUGAAAUGAUGGAAACGGACUGGGAAAUUUUGGCAACUGAGCUGGCGAAUGCUCAGGAUAGCUCGUUGGAGUCAGUCCUGGAUAGAAUAGUGGCAGCGACAAACAUCAAUCUUCAGGAGCCCUCCACUGUGUACCUAGCUCACGACACACGAGUGAGCAGUCCUAGACUGGCACAGGCUGUCAUUGAUGGUGUCAAGUCUGUUGAUGGUGUCGUCAAGGCAUUUGGCCAUUUGACCACACCCCAACUGCACUAUAUUGUACGCUGCAGCAAUGACCCAAGCUAUGGGGAACCCACAGAAGAAGGCUACUUUAACAAGAUAACGAAGGCCUUUAUGCAGAUUAGAGCCAAUGGGUCAGCUGUACGAAACUAUGUCCCCUUCAUUCGUCUUGAUGGGGCCAAUGGAGUGGGAGCUGUGAAGAUGAAAACACUGCUACCGCACUUGGGAGGCCUUCUGAAGAUAGAAACGUACAAUGAUGGCUCAGAAGGCCGCUUAAACCACAUGUGUGGUGCAGAUUUCGUGAAAGUCUACCAGAAAGCUCCCGAAGGAAUUCCACUUGAUGUCGGAGUGAGGUGCGUUUCGUUUGACGGUGAUGCUGACCGAGUAAUUUAUUUUUAUCAUGAUGAAAACUUCGUCUUCCAUCUUCUCGAUGGCGACAAGAUUGCCACUCUGGUGGCCAGCUACCUGAAAGAGUUGCUUGAUGCAGCAAUGCUUUCUUUGAAUAUGGUCAUUGUUCAGACAGCUUAUGCCAAUGGAAGCUCAACAAACUACAUCACCAAUGUGCUGAAGUUACCCGUGAAGUGUGUACCCACAGGAAUUAAGCAUUUGCACCGGGAGGCCCAGAAGGCAGAUAUUGGAAUCUACUUUGAAGCCAAUGGUCAUGGCACUGUACUCUUUAGUGAGAAGGCACAGCAGGCCAUCCAAGAAUUGGCCAAUGAUAGCAACCAAUAUGCUGAGAGGCAACAGGCUGCCAAGAAGCUUCUGCACACGAUGGACCUCAUAAACCAGACGGUGGGGGAUGCCAUCUCAGACAUGCUACUAGUGGAGACCGUUCUUCAUGCCAAGGGCAUCUGUGCCCCUGAGUGGAACUCCUUUUACGCUGAACUUCCGAAUAGGCAACUGAAAAUUCAUGUAGCAAAUCGGAACAUAAUUACAACCACCAAUGCAGAGCGCCGGUGCCUGUCACCAAGUGACUUGCAGCCUGCAAUAGAUCAAUUAGUUCAAGGCUACCACAAUGGAAGAGCUUUUGUCAGGCCAUCUGGAACUGAAGAUAUUGUCCGUGUUUAUGCAGAGGCUAGCACUCAGGACGCAGCCAACAAGCUCGCCUACGAAGUUGGCAUGAAGGUUUAUGAACUCGCCGGUGGUAUCGGUGAAAAGCCCAAGCUGCUGGCCUGAAGUGUGACUUUUGGGGCCAUUGAAAUCAAAGGGACCGGCCCUUCACGUGCGAGGCCACAGUGACAACAGCACUCCAGCCAAGUUCACCUUUUCUAUCAGUGUAAAUGUUACACUUUUACCUGAAAUUAUGGGAGGAGGCAAAUUUUUCAAUAAGGGCAAGAAAAUUUGAUCUUAAUGGCACACUGUGGUCUGUCUCAGACAUUUACUAUGUUAUCUCUGCCUGGCACUGUGCUAUUCCUGCGAGGGUUUCAGUGAAGUGUGAACAAGAUGUCCUCCAGAUGUAGGCGGGCUUGGUUUGAGAGAGUUACUUUUGUGGCUUGCACAAGCUUUUGUCCCCAAGGGACCAUGGAUCAUGUUUCCGUUUCUGUCUGUGUGCCAGAAACAUGUCAUGAGGUCAGCCAUGUUAUUGGAACCAUCUCUCAUCCUGUUCUAAGCUUCCACUCAGCAUUUCGAGUUAAUAGCAUUUUGCUGGUGGCUUUUGUGAUAAUCAACUGUUCUUCUGGAUGUUUCUGAGCUGGUCUGCUGCCACAGCAUAAGUAAGCAUGUGUGAGGGUGUGUGUGCAUGUCUGUUAUGAAAUGUGCUGCAGUAUUCCUGCAAGUCACCACCUCUACUAUGUAAUAGGAAAAGACUGUGUACUAGCUUGGGAGGCUGACCUGAGUAGUUGUUGGUGUCACUGAUGCAAUUGUUUUGGUGAGGCAAUACACAAGCCCCACUUGUGUUUUGUGCAUUGUGGCAGCGACCUUCCAUUACCCUUGUGCCAGCAGCUUGUGCACUCUGCGUCCUUGUGGCUUUACUUUUCUGUUCAUCCAGUAAUAGGUGCUCUUCGCAUUGGGUGCUUGGUGCAUUCUGGUGCCGAGCUACAAGUGACAUUUUGUUGCAGGUAGGGGAGUAGUUUUUACACGAUAUACUUAAUGGAACUGUUUUGCUCUGCAGCCCUGUCGGGCCAAUCUAUUGCACGCCUCUUCGGGAAGCGUGCCUUUUGUACUUUUAUCAUGACAUACCUUUACCUGCCUGAAUGAAAGGCAGGCCCUCAUACCUUGGCAUAGCACAAUCUUGUCAUUUUUACUCUGAGUGAUGUCUUUGCUGAGUGCCAGUCAAGCUUGUUCUUACCUCCAGCUGUAUCUCUUCUAAAGCAUAGAUGUGGCUUGUAUAGGUAGGCAGCUGCAAGCGUUGGGUAUUUCUCAUACCCAUGUAGUAGCUUGGAAACGUGCUGAUACUGAGGUUGUGCAUGUCAUUCCAACCGCUUGUUGCUUAGGGUGUGACCUUGUUUGGUCGUAUUUGUUGCUUUGCUGUGCCUCUUCAAUUCUGCAUUAGCCGCUGACUUUGGCCAAUUGUUGCUUUCCUUGUGCACUACCUAUCUUUCAAGCUAAGUUUACCAAAGCAUGAGGAAUGCAAAUGUGCAAGUGUCUGCUGCCUUCACAUUCUCUCUGUUGGAGCAGAUCUGUGUUGUGUGCUCUUUACUUUCUUGGAGUCUAUUUUGUCCCCAAACUUUAGGUGAGCUUUGUUAGCACCUUCACACUAGUUUCUCAAGCAACUUGGCCUUCUUGGAAUUCUAAGCCUUCCCCUUUUUGCUAUAAGUAAUCAGAAAGCCUCUUCUUGCUACGACACAGAACUCUUAAGUAGCACAUUGCUGAUUGCAGAAGGUCUGCUGGAGGAGAAGUUUGUUAUGAAUCUUAUGCCAUUGCCAUGCUACUGGUGUUAAGCAACCUCAGUGCAGAAGUUCUGAUUAGGUCCUAUGAUAAGUCUGUGACAAACGUGUUGAACUAGGUAGGUGCGUGUUAGAAUCACCUCACUUGCAAAGAAAGUAAAAAGUGGUUUGUCUGUAGUGCUAGUUUGGAGGUCUGACACUCUUAGUAGCACUUCAUGUAGCUUGCUACACUGUUUUUAAAUGUUGUAUAUUUGUCCCUUAAUUUAUUUUAGAAAGUUAUAUUUUACUUAGCACUGAUCUUUCAUCAUUAGCAGUUAAGUGUUGAAAAAAAGCUGAGGAGAACACUUGGGCAAGUACUUUGACUCUUGUAGUGUGGAAUAAAUAGUUUUGGGGAGGGCAUGCUCAGAACAUAAGCUUUAGGCAGGUCACCCCACCAGUGGUAGACUGCCAGAGUGUAUACCAAGUGGGGGAAAAAAAAAGACUUAGCUAGUGACAUCAGAAAAUUGAUUGUCGUGUUCAUAUAGGAGGUUGUUAUAGGAGGUGUUAAUCAGAAAAUUAGCAACAAAAUUUGGGAAAUUAUCACGUAUAGUGCGCAUGAGGUUGGCUCAAGACAGCGAUUAUUGGAUGCUUAAUUCAAGUUUCAGUGAUGCUUAUUCCCCUGGGAGUUGAAGUAUUUCGUGGCACUAUGAAUAUUCUUUUUCAUCAAGAGAUUACAUUGUACUUAUAUAGUUUCUUGUUCUACUUGCAUACCAAGCUAUGCACUUUAUGCACUUGGAUUGAUGUCUAUUCACAGAUAACACUGCAGUGUCUGCAGUGCAAUCUUCAGUGGCUAGAAAAAUUUUCAAUUUUUCACUCAUGGCCAUAAUAAAGCUAGAAAAACUGCAGACUUGAACAUUUUGUAAGAUUUCUUAUUGCUAAGCAGAGUGAAACAAGUUUAAGGAGGUAUGUCUUUUUAUCAGUGCUUAAAGGGACACUAAAGGCAAAUAUUAAGUCGGCGUGGACUGUUCAAGUACCAUACCAGAAACCUCGCAAUGCUUGUUUCAUGCCAAGAAAAUACUUAAUUUACGAGAAAAUUGAAUCUGAAGGGCUUGAAUAUAUUUAUCGAAAUUUAAGUCUCCCACCACCCAACAGGGGGAGUGGUGAUGUUGCAUACUCUAAAAAAUGUUUGCACCCUUUGGGCUGUAUAUCUGCCACACAACAAUAAUCGUCAUCUGACUUAAUGCGUUUUCUUUCUUUAACACUGCGAGCCCGAUACUUUCCAGUAACGAACGGCAUGCGCAUUAUCAGCAUGACAUAGUAUUUCCGACAGGAAAGUAGCGGGCGCGGCAUUUUCAAGAAAGGAAACGCAUCAAGGCAGAUGACGAUUAUUGUUGUGUGGCAGAUAUACGCCCCAAAGGGGGCAAACUUUUCUUGGAGUGUAUGCCAUCACCACCCUUUGCUGUCUUCGGUGAAUAAAACGGCACCCGACAAACAGUGGCACCAAGCCAAGAAAGAGCGGUGGAUUUGCCGCUGCAGCUGCUUUUUGGUCAAGGGGCGUAGACCGUUCGGGCAUCCGCGACAUCACACGGAAGUUGAAUUCUCCACUACUUGCAGUUUGUGCGAGUUUCGCGAGCCAGCAAAACCAGUGGGGCACUACGCGAUAACUACUGAAACGCAAAAGCGUGGGUGGUACGGAAUCGAGCGAAAACGAAGCCUUUUGACCGCGUGCGUCGUUAUUAGGGUUAUUUCAAUGAGUUUUUUCUAAAAGUGAAAUAGAACCGAACAAGCAGCAUUUUCUUUCGUCUUAUAAUACAAUACAAGGAUAAUUUGUGCAAUGAGUUUGAAAGUUUAUUUAACAUAAAUAACGUAUACAAUUGCAGAGUACACACUUUUGGGACCCAACAAUUUUUGUAAAGGGUGAUUUAACUGAGGAGUGUUUUCAUCAUCAUCAGGCAAAUACUUGAAUGUCCUGGAAGAGUCGCUAAUUAUGUCCUGCAGCUACCUCAAUUUCUCUGUUAUUAAGGCUCUGUUCGUCAUAAUAUUGUCGCCUUAGAGAUUCUCGAGCACUAAUCUAUCACUUUAACUUGACUUAGUAUUUGCCUUUAGUGUCCCUUUAAUGAUGCACCACACCAUACAGUACUUGGUCUCGUGUGUUGCAAAUGUGUGCACAUAUUUUGUUGUACUGAAUACACGUGCAUUUCAAUGAAUCUUCAGGAGCAGCAUUUGAAUUGACAAUCCACAAGACCUUAAACUGUGUAUUAAAUGGCACUUUUAAUGGAUUAAGCGAGAUUUCUUUCUUUUUUAACCUAUUUUUUCAUAAUGACAUUGCCGGCACAGUAGGCAUGAAGUAGUGUGGAAACUCUUACUAAAUUCUGCUUGCCCACUUUUGUGCUUGAAGAAAUCUCUGAACCACUGGUUUCAUUCACGUAUAUUGAGAUUUGAGGCUGUCCUAUUAUGCACACAUUUCUUCCAGUAUUUCCACGUACGUGAAUAUAGUGCUGAGGUUGGUUUUUGUAGGCUUUGGCAGUCUUUCUUCAGUUGCUUUCAAACCUUCUUGACCUUUAGUCAUAAGUGACCUAAGUGGGAUAUUUCCUGGACAUUUGUUACCUUGGUAAUAUUCACCAGGUGUUUUUCUUUUUCUUUCAAAUGAGUAAUCUUUGGCAAAUAAGAGUUGUAUAUGUAUACAUGCACGUAUAUGUAUAUAUAUAUAUAUAUAUUUAAUGGGUAGGUUGUUGAAGCAGAUACUUAAGAGUUGUAUUGGUCUAUUUUUGCCUGUAUCCCUUCCCUGUGAUAAUGCUUUGUGGUGGCUCUUGACAGACCUCACUUGUGCCAACUGUUUCUUGUGUUUGCUUGUGGAGCUGCUGGAGGCUCUUUUAUCCCUCUGGUUUUGUGAUGGCAUAGUCCACUUUAUGGACUGUAUUCAAUAACCAUAGAGUUCUUUGAUCAUACCAUUUGUGAAAUUACACCACCGAAAUAGAAUGCAAAUUAACUAAAAUGUUGGGGCAUUAGAUUCUUUUAUAAUUUUCUGGGAGACAGGUUAAUGGGCGUUUCUGAUACAUAGUACCAGAGUGGCACAUGUGGGGUUGUUUUUAGAGUUUUCCACGAACCUUUGUGUCUGCUCUCCGCAACUCCGGUAUUUCUGGCUGGAUGUUUUAAAGCUUGGCAUCACAACUAGGUACGAUUAAAGAACUGUUUAGUGAUAUUUUAGCAGUGGGUUCCAUUCUCAGGGCUAGUAGAGAGCAAAUACUUUUGAAGCUUAUUUAUUAGUUUUCUUUUAAAUUGUCCAUUACAGUUUGCUUUUGUCAGUAGCAUGGUGAGUGAGUUGGAGUCUUUUUUUUUUUCAUGCUGCAAAAAUGCAUGAAUAUGAAACAUGAACAGGAGAGCAAAAAUCAACUGCUACAAGCAACUAAGCUCCUGUACUGAGCUUCCAGCAUACUCCCUUUGUUUGUGUCUAACUAUAAAAAUAAUACCAAGACACACUUUUUAUUGAAAGUGUUCAAAUCCCUGGGGUCUAAUCACAAUGUGGUGACUGUUUCUGUGUGGUUGGCAAAGGUGGUGCAUAGUUUUAUUUAUUUUCCUAUGGCGCACAUUUUUGCCUGUUAUAUUUGGCUUGCCAUUGUGGCCAUUCUAUUUUGCCACAUUUUAUUUCAGCUUUGUUAUGUCUUCUAUACAUUUUGAUUUAUUAAUAAACACUUUUAUUGCAGUUUU